AUGAUGAGUGUCGGAGAGAAUAGAGAAGCAGCAGAGAGUUGGACUUGUGAGCCUCUUUCUGGAAGAUCUCUAGAUGAGAUUGUUCAAGAUGCUGAGAAUGCUGCUGAUUUGGUGACUUACAUUCGUAAGCCAGAUGUUAAUUUGGACUUUAGGUUAAAGUUUAUUGCUAAUCAUGAGGAGUUCUUUGAUGUACAACAAUCAGAUCGGCAAUCAAGGAUAAGAACAUGUCACAACUUGAGUGAUGAAGGGAUACGAGGUGAUACUGUAUUCCUCUUUGUGCCAGGGUUAGCUGGCAACUUGGAACAAUUUGAACCGCUGCUCAAGCUAAUAGACUCUGACCAGAAAGCGUUUUUGGCGUUGGACUUGCCUGGGUUUGGUCACAGUUCAGAAUGGGCUGAUUAUCCCAUGUUGAAAGUCGUGGAACUUAUCUUCGUCCUUGUAUGUGAUGUACUCAAAAAAUGGCCUGCAGCAGUGCCGAAGGAUCGUGAGGUGAAUCCAUUCGACAACCGCAAAAUAGUCCUUACUGGCCAUUCUAUGGGUUGCUUUCUGGCAUGCCACCUUUAUGAACAGCACUUGGCAGCUCUGAAAGUGGUGGAGAAAAUGGUUCUAUUGACGCCUCCAAAAGCUCAUAUUGAGCAGCUUUCCAAGGACAGACACCUUAUUCAGUGGGCGCUUUAUGGAGUGUUUAAGUUGCCAUGGCUAUUUGACAUCUAUCGGAACAAAUUUGAUCAAGUAAACGGUCUGAAAAGCUCCGGUAUCAAGCAGUAUUUUUAUCAAGAUAAUAAUGAUAUCAAAUUGAAGUACAGGAAGCUUUGGCAAUUCAAAAAUAACAUAAACAAUAAGAGUAGAACUAUCAUAGGUUAUUUACUCGGAUGGAAAGCAGUUGACUGGGUCGGAUUCAAUGAUAUGUUGGCGCAAAAAGGUAUGAAACAGAGCAUUGUAAUCUUUGGUGCAGAAAAGGAUCCGAUAGCCCCCAUUAAAAAUUUAGAAUACUACGAAGAUACUAUCAAGAAGCAAUGUCUUCGGAAAGUGAUUAUUCUACCUGAUUGUUCCCAUAAUUUAUGCUUGGAUCGUCCCGAGCUAGUAUGCAGGAAAUUUCAACAGGAAGUAGUUGGCAAUAACAGUUUAUAG